AUGGCUUCCGAAUCCAGCAGCGCGGCGAGCGCAUCGCCCGUCGCCAUUGUCUGCGUCGGCAUGGCAGGCUCCGGCAAGACGACGUUUAUGCAGCGCAUCAACGCGCACCUCCACGAAAAGGAAGACCCGCCUUACGUCAUGAACCUAGACCCGGCCGUCAUGUCAGUGCCGUUCGAGUCCAACAUUGACAUUCGCGACUCGGUCAACUACGAAGAGGUCAUGAAGCAGUACAACCUAGGCCCCAACGGCGGCAUCCUGACGUCGCUCAACCUCUUCGCCACCAAGGUCGACCAGGUCGUCAACCUGCUCGAGAAGCGCACCAAGCCGGACCCCGAGAACCCGCAGCGGCCGCCCGUGCACAACAUCCUUGUCGACACGCCCGGCCAGAUUGAAGUGUUUGUGUGGUCGGCCUCGGGCACCAUCCUGCUCGAGUCACUCGCCUCGUCGUUUCCGACCGUGAUUGCCUACAUCAUCGACACGCCGCGCACGUCGUCAACGUCGACCUUUAUGAGCAACAUGCUGUACGCGUGCUCGAUCCUCUACAAGACCAAGCUGCCCAUGAUUCUCGUCUUCAACAAGACGGACGUCAAGGACGCCGCGUUUGCCAAGGAGUGGAUGACGGACUUUGAGGCCUUCCAGGAAGCGCUCCGCAAGGACGAGGAGUCGGACGCGCUCGGCGGCGUCGAGGGCGGCGGCCACGGCGGCAGCGGCUACAUGGGCAGCCUGCUCAACUCGAUGAGCCUGAUGCUCGAGGAGUUUUACUCGCACCUGAGCAUGGUGGCCGUGAGCUCGCGCAUGGGCACCGGCGUCGACGACUUUUUCGCCGCGGUCGAGGAGAAGCGGCUCGAGUUUCUGAGGGACUACCAGCCGGAGCUGGAGCGCCGCCGAGCCGAGCGCGACGACCAGAAGAAGAAGUCGCGCGACAAGGAGCUCGACAAGAUGAUGCAGGACAUGGCGGUGGGGCAGGGCGAGGACAACAAGGAGGAGGAGAGCAGCGGUGACGAUGAGGACUCGGGUGACGAGGCGGCCAAGAACAGCCUGCAGGAGCGCUACCAGGCGGCCAUGGGCGACAACGAGGACAGUGUGCUGGCCGACGCCAGUUUCGCCCAGUAUCUGCACAAGAAGAGGUAG